AUGGGAGGGGGCUUGCUGGGUCAGCUGGGCUGGCAAGUUCCCUACAAAUUCUUCUCGGACCCGUCGGGGAUCAACGAGAAGCGGAAGCAGCGGCGGAUCCGCACGACGUUCACCAGCUCGCAGCUGAAGGAGCUGGAGCGGGUCUUUGCCGAGACUCACUACCCCGACAUCUACACCCGCGAGGAGCUGGCGCUCAAGAUCGACCUCACCGAGGCGCGGGUGCAGGUGUGGUUCCAGAACCGUCGAGCCAAAUUCCGCAAGCAGGAGCGCGCCGCCAACGCCAAGGGUGCCAGCGGCACCGGCAGCAGCGGGAAGAAGUCGGAGCCCCGCUCCUCCUCCGAAGACGACGAAUCCAAGGAGUCCAACUGCAGCCCGACCCCCGACAGCACGGCCUCGCUGCCCGCCGCCGCUCUCGGCAGUCCCGGCGGCAGCCUGAGCCCCAGCCCCGGCGCGGGGGCGCCCCUGGGACCCGGCCAUGCCCCCCAGCCCCUCAAGGCGCCGCUCUGGGCGGGGGUGGGGGGCGGCAGCGGAGCCCCCAACACGGCCGAGCUGCUGAAGGCCUGGCAGCCCACCGAGGCUGUGCCGGGACCCUUCUCCGGCGUCCUCUCCUCCUUCCAUCGGAAACCGAACGGCAUCAAGACAAACCUCUUCUGAUCGCCGAGCCACCGGAUCCGCCUGCCCCCCGAACCCCCUCGGCCCCCGCCCUGCCCCCUGCGCCCACCGCCCCCAGCACGGAGCCACCGCGCCGCUCCAGCGAGCGGGGACAGGGAGCGGGACCAGCCCUGCCCCUCCCGGACCCUGCGUGAGUGGGGGCAGCUCCCGGCGACACCCGUGGGUGCUGCGGGACCGCGGGGGCGCCAGGCGGGGACAGCAGCCCAUGCUCAGCCAGAGUGGCCCUGGCAGACCCUGCGGGUGGGGGCAGAUGUGGGGCUCCCACAGCGCUGCGGGUGCUCCAGCAGAGCCCCCUCGAUGGUCGGUGCCGCCGGGCUGGGGGCAGGAUGCACUUUAUGGGGGGUUCUGGGCUCACCGGGGUGGGCAGCGCCCGGCACUCCGCUAGGGAGACGGCCCUUGGUGCGGGGAGGAGCUGAUUCCACCCAGAUCCCGCCGGCUGGCAUGGAUAACCCCGGCAGGGAAGCGGUCACCCACCCCACCCCGAGGGCUGUGGGCAGCAAAUGCGGGGCUGGGAGGUUCAGCGCUCUCCUGCAUCGCUGCAGGCGCUGCCAGGGGGGACAGGGAGCCAGAACUGCGGGGGUGAGGUGCCCCCCUCGGGAGGGUGAUGUGGGAUGGAGCCCUGGAACAGCCAGUGGGAUGGAACCCUGGCUGUGGGAUGGAGCCCUGGCACAGCCAGUGGGAUGUCUGGGAGCAGCCAGCACCCCUUGUCAGCAGCAGGGUGGGUGCUCCCACUGAAGCUGGCACCCCCCACACCCCCCAAAAGUUCCCGAGUCGGGGGUGGUGCUGGUGGUGCCCAGCCACCCACGACACCCUGCUGCUGUGCUGGUGGGUUUUUUGUGGCAUGGUGAGGAUGCUGGCAGCCCAUCCAUGGAUCCCUGUCCCCCCUGUAUCUCUCCCAGCUCCCCCGAGGUGGGUUCCCCACUUUUCUUUCGUUUCUUGGUUUGUUUUUUUUUUUAAACCAUUCUGUAAUUUAUUACCCAUAUUUGCAAAUGCCACUAAUCCAAAUUAAACUUAAUUUAUUGACAGUGCUGCUGGCCCUCAGUCCCUGUUGCACCCCACCUCCACCAGGGGUUGCAGGGGUGGGGGGGCUGCACAGUCUCCGCCCCUGGACCCUCUGAAACCCACCAGAACCCCCCAGGUGAUGCCACGGGCCCCCAGCACCUCAGGGAUUAUUUUGGGUGCCCCCACUCCAAGACCCCAAGCAGCUGUAGGACGCUGAAGGGGCACCCCAUGGGAAGACCCCCCAAGUGGGGUGAGGAGAGGGGUGCCCCACCCAGCCCCCCCGGCCUCUGGGGGCCCUUUGGGGGGUGAUGAUGAAGAAGCUCUUGGGGGCAUUGGGAUGGUGACAAGGAGCAUGCCAGGCUGUUGGGGGAGUGGUCUGAGGUACCCAAAUGGGCAAGAAGGGGACAAGGGACCUGCUCCCCACCUUGCUGGGGCCAGCAUAGCCAGCUUGGAGGGGUCACAGAUUAUGCUGGGACCCAGCUCCUCCCCCUGGGUCCCCACCUUGCCCCGCUCCCCACGCCGAGAGCUCCAGCACAGCCAUUGCAUGAACAUGAUAAAAAUCACUCCAGGUUUACCAAACACCUCCAAACACAGGAGCUGGGGUUUAGUGGGGGGAGUUCACCCCCCCAGUAACAGAGGGGGGAGGUUGGGGUAUGCCAGGGGCACCUGGCCCAUCCUUCAUCUCAGCCGGAGUGAGGGGUGGGGUGUCUGGGGUAGCAUCACCCCCACCCCCCUGAGGACAGGGAGAGCCUGGAGGGAGCAUCCCAGAGGGGAAAGCACAGUGGGAGCAGCCCUGCCCUGGGGCUCCCACCCUGGGGACCCUCCUGGAAGGACACUUGGCAAGGCUGGGGGCUGAGCACCCACAAGGAGAGCCGGCUGCCAGCCCCGCUGUCCCCAAGGGUGA